AUGCGGAGGAGCACUGAAACUGCUGCUGCCUGCGUGUUGAUGCCCCGGUGGUUGCAGUUGAUUCACGCUUUGUGGAUGUUGGGAUUCUGUGAAACGCUUUGGUUCUUCGCUUUUCUGAUCUUCGAACAGCGAUCACCGGCCGGAUUGUCGAACUCUGCGCGCUCGGAGAUGGCGGUUAGCAUGCAGAUCUUGCUGGGGAUCUUAGGAAACAUCACUGCGGUCGCACUCUUCAUCUCGCCAGCGCCGACCUUCUGGAGGAUCUUGCGGAUGAAAUCGACGCAGGACUACUCGGGCCUGCCGUAUGUGUGCACGCUCUUCAACUGCAUGCUGUGGGUCUUCUACGGCAUGCCUUUCGUCAAAACAAACGGGAUGCUUAUCAUCACCAUCAACGCCGCCGGAUGCGCCAUCGAGACGGUCUACCUCCUCAUCUAUCUCAUCUACGCUCCGAAGCUCGCCAAGAUGAAGGUGUUGCGGAUGCUUGGGGCCGUGCUGGCUGCGUUUGCCAUGGUCGUGGCGCUCACGAUGCUCCUGGCGCACACCCAUGACGCCCGGACUACGAUCGUCGGCUCGGUUUGCGUGGUGGUGGCGGUUGCCAUGUAUGUCUCGCCAUUAAGCGUCAUGAAACUUGUCAUCCAAACACGGAGCGUCGAGUACAUGCCGUUUCUGCUCUCGCUGUUCGUGCUGAUCAACAGCCUCGUGUGGAUGUUGUAUGCAGUGGCCACCAAAGAUAUAUUCAUCGGGAUUCCAAAUGGCUUGGGAGUUUUGGCGGGCGUGGCUCAGCUGCUGCUCUACCUCGUGUAUCGAAAUGCCAAGCCAGAAGCGGGGAGAUCCCCCGAUGAGAUCGAAGAUGGCGUGGGAAUGAAACCUCUGGAAAGCCACCACAACAACAAUGCUAAUAACGUUAGCAAGUAG